CCAAUUGUAAAGGACCUAACCAAGUCCAGCCCAGCGGAAGGAACGGUUUCACAGUUGUUUCUCUUUGAUAAAGGAGUCCGUCCUUGCCCUCGCUUCUACUCUCUCUAGUGUUAGAUGUGACGGAGCCGCCCUCCUACACUCAAAACAAUUUAGAGUGAUUGAUAAACAUACCAAAUCCUCGCAGCAAAAAAAAAAAAAAUGGUGAUGUUCAUCCUGAAUUGCCUCCUGCUUCUGCCCUUUCUGAUCUUCUGCUUCUUGGAAUCUCUCCUGAAGAUUUUUAUUCCUAAGAAGAGAAAAUCAGUCACCGGAGAAAUCGUCCUGAUUACGGGAGCUGGACAUGGAAUCGGGAGACUGACUGCCUAUGAAUUUGCCAAACUUAAAUGCAAACUGGUUCUGUGGGAUAUAAAUAAGCAUGGAAUUGAGGAAACAGCUGAUGGAUGCAGGAGGCUGGGUGCAAAAGCUCAUGCCUUUGUGGUAGACUGCAGUAAGCGAGAAGAUAUUUACAGCUCAGCGAAGAAGGUGAAGGCAGAAAUUGGGGAUGUUAGUAUUCUAGUCAAUAAUGCUGGUGUGGUCUAUGCAUCAGAUUUGUUUGCUACACAAGACCCUCAGAUUGAAAAGACUUUUGAAGUUAAUGUACUUGCACACUUCUGGACUACAAAGGCAUUUCUUCCAGCAAUGAUGAAGAAUAAUCAUGGCCAUAUUGUCACUGUGGCUUCAGCAGCUGGGCAUACUACAGUCCCAUUUUUAAUGGCUUAUUGUUCAAGCAAGUUUGCUGCUGUGGGAUUUCAUAGAGCUUUGACUGAUGAACUGGCUGCCUUAAAAAGUACUGGAGUCAAAACAUCAUGUCUCUGCCCUAAUUUCAUAAACACUGGCUUCAUCAAAAACCCAAGCACUGCUUUGGGACCCACCCUGGAACCUGAGGAAGUGGUAAACAAGCUGAUGGAAGGAAUUCUGACUGAACAAAAAAUGAUUUUUAUCCCAUUUUCUAUAAGCUUUUUAACGGUGUUGGAAAGGAUCUUUCCUGAGCAUUUCAUGGCAGUUUUAAAACAAAAGGUCAAUGUUAAGUUUGAUGCAGUUGUUGGAUAUAAAAACAAAGGACAAUAGCUCUGGCCUGGUAGCUCAGUUGGUAAGAGCAUUGUCCCUGUACGCCAAGGUUGCUGGUUUGAUCCCUGGUCAGGGCACAUGCAAGAAUCAACCAAUGAAUGUAUCAAUGGGUGGAACAGCAAUAUCUAUGUUUCUCACUGUCUUUCUCUCCCUAUCUUUCCUCUUCUCUCUUUCUCUAACAUUAAUACAUUUUUUAAAAAUUUGUAAAGUAAUGAACAAUAAGUGUUGUUUUUGAAAAUUGAUUUAUCAGGUUUAAGUUGAUUUCAUCUUAUAUUAAACAGAAUUUUAAUGUUUGGA